AGUAUAUAACUUCGCUCCCCUAUGCUGAGUUAUGACUGAGGAGCACCAGACUACUCAGAGAGUUCCAGUGAGCCGACAACAUGAAGACCAUUCCUUUGCUGCUAGCCGUUGUAUUUGCCAUAUUUGGCCACGGAUCUACUUUUUCAGUACCCUUCUUCUGGCGCCGACCCGUUACCAAUGCAAUUGAUGAUCCAGCCCAACAGCAACAGCAGAAUUCAUAUGAAUCCUUAGAACAGGACCAGCAGGUUUCAUAUGAAAAUGAUGACAAUAUUCUUUAUCCAUUUGGGGAAGAGCAGGGUGACAAAAUGACCCCAGUAGGAGAUGAUGGCUGCUCUGAACAAGAACAUCUCGACGAAGAGUUUAAAUUCUUUGGGAAAUCUUACAAAUGUCUGUAUGUGUGCAACAAUGGCGUGAUCUCCUUCAAUACUGCGGUGUCACAAUACACACCCGAUGCAUUCCCUUUGACAGAUGGGCAGGUCUUUAUCACACCAUUCUGGGGGGAUGUAGAUAAUGAAUUGGGAGGAGAUGUAUGGUACAGAGAGACCAAAGACCCCGCCACUCUGCAAAAGAUCACAUCCGAUAUGGCCAAACAUCUCCCACACCUUCAUUAUGCUGCAAAGUGGGCCUACAUCGUCACCUGGCAUGACGUGGUCUUUUAUGGGGCAGCUGUUAAGAAGAGAAACACAUUCCAGGCUGUCCUUACCAGCGAUGGAUACCAGUAUUUCGUCAUCCUGAAUUACAAGAAGAUCCAGUGGACAACUGGAACUGCCAGUGAAGGAGACCCCAACACCGGUUUGGGUGGCACCCCAGCUCAGGCUGGCUUUAACAGCGGCGAUAAUACAAACUACUUCAACAUCCCUGGAUCCCAAACCAGCCAAGUGCUGAGAAUCGCAACCACAUCCAAUGUGAACCACCGCGGACGCUGGAUAUUCCAAGUAGAUCAAUUCAAGGCUCCAGGAGGCUGCAUCUUUCAAGCCAAUUUUGCCAGCGAAGGAGUGCCAUUCUGGAAAGACUCCAUCUGCAGCAGCAAGUGUCUUUGCCAGGACAACAAAGUUACCUGUGUGGCCCAGGUCUGCCCCGCACACAGCACCUGCGAGUUGAUGGGAUCCUUCUACACCUGUAAAACCCAAGUACAGGUACCAGAACCCGAACCAGAACCCAAACCCGAACCCGAACCAGCAAAGACCUGUGUCUGAGAACAGCCAUGUCCCUUGGAUCUUGGCCGAAUCCACCUAAAAUUUACAACUUGAUCAAAUCUCACUUGUGCAAUACAGAAGGUCGUAAAUUGAGCUUCGUAAAAGGAAACGUCCAACGUUAAGGCAAUCAG